AUGGCUGAAACCAAGAUGGAAUAUGUCCGCCUCGGAGACUCAGGAUUAAAGAUCUCAAAGAUCAUCCUGGGAACAAUGGGCUACGGUAGCAAAGACUGGCAAGACUGGGCUGACGUCUACUCCCACGGCAAAUCAGAAGAAGUAGUCGGCAAAGCCCUAAAGAAAUACAACAUCCCCCGCAACCGCGUGGUAAUCAUGACAAAGUGUUUCUUCGGCGUCGACGAUGAAGGCAAAUACCCACCGAUCUCCGCAAGCGGACGCAACGACAACGACUUCGUCAACCGAGUCGGCUUGUCGCGCAAGCAUAUCUUCGACGCUGUGGACGCCAGCGUUGCCAGACUGGGCACGUACAUUGAUGUACUGCAGAUCCACCGGUUGGAUCGGGAGACGCCGCGGGAGGAAAUUAUGAAGGCUCUUAAUGAUGUUGUUGAGAGUGGGAAAGUGAGAUAUAUUGGUGCUAGUUCGAUGGCCGCCUGGGAAUUCCAAUCCCUCCAAAACAUAGCCAUCAACAAAGGCUACCACAAAUUCAUUAGCAUGCAAAACUACCACAACCUCCUAGCGCGCGAAGAAGAGCGCGAAAUGAUCCCAUACUGCCAAGACGCCGGGGUGGGCAUUAUCCCGUGGUCGCCCAUCGCUCGAGGCGCCCUAGCCCGUCCCUACAACUCUCGCGGCACGGUGCGCGAGAACACGGAUGGUGCGUUGAAGAUGUUUGUGCGGAACCGGGAGUCGGAGGCUGACGAGGUUAUUAUUGGGCGGGUUGAGGAACUUGCUAAGAAAAAGGGGUUGAGUAUGGCUCAGAUUGCGCUUGCUUGGUCGUUAUCUCAUGAGGGGGAGAAUCCUAUUGUUGGGCUUUCUAGUGUUAAGCGGAUUGAUGAGGCUGUUGAGAGUAUUAGGGUUAAGUUGACGGAGGAGGAGAUUUUGUAUCUUGAGGAGCCUUAUGUUCCUAAGACUGUUUCUGCUCUUGAGAGGUAG